AUGGCUGCACCUAUUGCUCCACGAGCAUCAAGUAGACAAUCACAAAAUACACCCGGGCGAAGCGAGCUCAUUGAUGUAGGGAAAUUAAAUCAGCUGAUUAGAGCGCUGGACAAGACUUGGAUUCUUCCACGACUAGGCGCCAAGGAACCAGUCGGUAGCAAUUUUCAGUACAAAAAGACAUGCGCUUCGAUUUUUAAAGCGAGGCAUGGCGCUUGUCAGCAGCUUGGCUUUGGAGUGAUGUGCUUCAAUUAUUGUCACGAACGA